UCGUGGAAAUGACGCUUCCUUACGCCGCAGACGCAGAAACACCUCUUAAGGAGGACGAGAUCGAAGUCCUUCGCCGUCAAUACCAUCAUCAACUUGAGUCGAACCAUGUAACUGUGCAAACGAAAUUCAACUACGCUUGGGGCUUGGUAAAGAGCACCAAACGCGAGGAGCAGGCCGAAGGUGUUAGGCUAUUGACAGACAUAUUUCGUGAUGCUCCAGAAAGACGACGCGAGUGUCUAUACUACCUUGCUCUUGGUCACUACAAACUCGGAAACUACGUCGAGGCGAGGAGGUAUAACGAGCAGUUGCUGCAUAAGGAGCCCAGAAAUAUGCAAGCUGCCAGCUUGAUGAGUCUGAUAGACGAUCGCGUAGCCAAGGAGGGAUACGUGGGGAUCGCUAUAGUUGGCGGCGCAAUUGCAGUGGGUGGGUUAUUGCUGGGUACGCUCUUUAAGAAGGCAAGAAGAUGA